AUGUUAACUAGAAAAAAAGUAAAAGAAUUAAAAGAAGAAACAGACCGCGUGGAUUCAGACGAGGAAGAAUUUGAAGAAGCAGAAACUAACGUUGAAAGAAAACACAUAAAAAUGGAUUUUGUUAAGCCAGUUAGCAGUCUUAUUAUAGAAGGAAAUGUGGCAGAAAACUGGAGAAAAUUUAAGCAAAAUUUUGAAAUUUUUUUGGAAGCAGCAGAUUUGUCGGGUGAACCUGAUCAAAGAAAAGUUGCCGUUCUACUUAAUGCUGUUGGUGAAGAUGGUUUAGAAUUGUUCCAAACCUUUAACUUGAGUUCUGAAAACAAGAAGAAGUAUCAAGAAGUUUUAGCCGCAUUUGAAAAUUUUUGCGUUCCAGAGAAACGUAUAGUGUAUGAAAGGUUUUUAUUUUUUUCAAGAAACCAAAAAGAUGGUGAACCGUUUGACAAUUUUUUGGUAGAUAUAAAAAGAUUGAGUAAAUCAUGUGAUUUUGGAGAACAACAAACAUCAUUAAUGAGAGAUCGUAUUGUUCUCGGCAUAAACAACAAACGGUUACAAGAAAAGUUGCUGGAGAAAGAUGUUGAUUUUGAGAAUGCUAUUGAAAUAUGUAGAGCGGCUGAAAUAUCGGAAGGUCAAACAAAAGCCAUACAAAUGAAAAAUAAGAAAAAUAAUAAGUGGUUACACAAGUUAAAGAUUGAGACAAGUUUUAUUGAAGUGAAAUUGGAUACUGGAAGUGAUGUUAAUAUUCUUCCAUAUAAUGUUUUUCAAACGUUGAAAUCCGAUAAUAAAAUUAGCCCGACAUCUAUGGUACUCAAAGCCUACGGUGGUCAACAAAUAAAGCCGAAAGGUGAAUGUUUCCUUAAAUGCUACUAUAACAAUAAGAUGAGUAUUGAAAAAUUUAUUAUUCUUAACGAAAAUUUAUAUUCUAUCUUGGGUGCUGAGGCAAUUGAAAAUUUGGAAAUAGUUAGGAAAGUAAAUACAGUAGAUUCAGAUCAAAAUGAAAAUUUCACAAAGGAACAAUUUAUAAAAAAUAAUUCAGAUGUUUUUACUGGAAUAGGUACGUUCCCAGGACAACAUAAAAUUAAAUUAAUGGAAAAUGCAGUGCCAGUUGUUAAACCACCAAGAAGAGUUCCAUUGAAAAUAUUAAACAACUUAGAAAACUCAUUAAAAUAA